AUGUAUCUUACAAUCUGUGUUUUUAUUAUUUUCAAUUUGGGAUCGCAUUUGGCUAGUAGUGCUCUAUAUGCGAGUUAUACUCUAUUAUAUGAUCCAUUAAAAUCUAGUGAAUGGUCUGAUGAUCGUGCUCUUGCUUAUAUAACAACAGUACGAUUAUCUAAUUAUGAUCAUCAUGUAUUUCAAUAUCGACGUUAUCCAUGUCAAUAUUUUUAUACAAAUGAAAUUCAAAUAAAUCAGAAUGAUCAACCAACAAAUGCAUGUAUUUAUAAUACAACAACAAGUGAUUAUGAAUAUAAUUUUCAACUUCAUCUUGAGUCUCAUCCUAUUGAACCAUACCUUUUACGUAAUAUAGCUAUUCAAUGUAAAUAUAUCAAUUGUAGUUUAUCAUUAUUAAAUAUAAAAUCUAUACGUAUUGAUUGGAAUAAAAAUGGUCGUGAUAUUAAUUAUAAUUGUUCAUUCAAUACAAUGCAACAAUAUGCUACUUUUAAUACUUCACAUAAUUUAUUAACUGAAUGGAUAAAACUUCGAUGCAAGUCUUUAUCUGCUUGUAAUCGUUCAAAGUAUAAUCUUGAACAAGCAAUAUCAACAAAUGUUCAAUUAGCUUAUAGUGCAAGUUAUGAACUUGAAAAACCAUAUUGUUCAUUAGAGAAAAGUAUUGCUUAUAUUGUUGAAACGAAUUUUGCACAAACAAAUCAUUUACUUGAGCAAUUAAUUGAUCUAAUUCAACGAGGUUUUGGUAAACCAAAUGAACGUGAACAAGUUCAUAUGAAAGAAUAUAUUGAACAUAAAUGGAUGAGUAAUCAUACGAAUUUAACAAUAAAUGCAACAGCAAUAUCUGGUGAAGUACAAGGAAUUCUUACACCUAUAAUACAAUAA